AGAGAGGAUGGAGAAGGAGUGAGACCCGGAUGCUGAUGCGAGCGGGGCGAGGGAGGGGAAGAGGGGAGCAAAAAUAUCGAUUUACGGCAAGAAAACGGAGUAUCAUCCGAGGGGGGCCUUUCGCUGCCGAGAACUGGGAUCAGAAUCCAGGAGGAAGAUAGUGUUUUUUUCCACCUAUGUGUGUUUCCACCCAUGGAGGACAAGCCGAAGGAGAGAAGAGGAGGAAGAUGCUGUGAGCCGCCACUUGCAGUGAUGUAGGGAGGCAGAGACGAGCAGAGGCAGGGGACGGGGGAGGACUACGCUAUAUAAUAUAACAGAAAUAAUAGAAAAAAAUAUAUAAAUAUAUAUUUAAAGAUGGUUGUCCGGCGAGGACUGCGCGCUUUAGCUCGAAAAACCGAGAGGAUGUGGCAGCCGUGUGACAAAAGUGACCGUUUGGCGAAGCCGAGAAACUUCAAGCGGGGUCGGUGUUUGUGACAGGCGCGAGGCGGCCGUUGGUCGAAGCAUCGAAGCUAAAGCUAGCCUCAGAUAGCAUGCUGUAAAAAAAACAGGCCUGACAGAGAAACAUAACAUUUAUUACGCUCUCACAGCCAACAAAUACGCAUUAAUAUUGGACAUUUCGUUGUUAUACACCAACAGAAAAUGGCAUAAGUAAAGGCUUUGAAAAAGACGGCUUGUUUUACAGCUAUGUGUUAAUGGCAUAAUAUAUAGAUGUAAUACAUUUACACUUAUAAGCUAAUGUAAAUACGUGACAUGUACUAGGUAGCCUGCAGUACCUUUUGUUCAUUUCCAGAGCACUAGUUGGUAUUUUAACUCAGAAAGCUUUGAUACAAGCUUUCACCUCAGUUUCUGUAAUUUAAACUCUAUAUUUUUGUCAAAUUUCGUCUUUCAACAGGAAGAUAUUUAUCUCAGCUUAAUUGAACAAACUUCUUUUUAUUAUAAAAGGGUUUGACUUUCUUCUUUUUCCCAUGAUACAUGUUAGUCACCUUGAAAUUGCUGUGAUAUACCUGAAUAUAAAGUUGAAGGUAACAUCCUGCAUCAACUUAUAGAAAACCUGUAUCAUACCAGAGAUAUUGCAAUAAAUCAGAGUGCAGUAUUAGUUCUAAUUGUGUAUUAAGCUGUCAGUGGGAGCAGUAUGAGUAAGGAACUGUCUCUGAGUCAGUCUGCUCAAUAUGUUGGGCCCUAUCGACUGGAGAAGACUCUGGGGAAGGGACAAACAGGGCUGGUCAAACUCGGUGUCCACUGUAUCACGGGUCAGAAGGUAGCGAUAAAAAUAGUCAACCGAGAGAAGCUGUCUGAGUCGGUCCUGAUGAAGGUUGAGAGGGAGAUAGCCAUUCUGAAACUGAUCGAGCAUCCGCAUGUGUUGAAGCUGCAUGACGUUUAUGAGAACAACAAAUAUCUAUACCUGGUGUUGGAGCAUGUGUCUGGAGGAGAGCUCUUUGACUACUUGGUGAAAAAGGGACGUCUAACCCCAAAAGAAGCUAGAAAGUUCUUCAGGCAGAUCAUCUCUGCUUUGGAUUUCUGUCACAGUCAUUCCAUCUGUCACAGAGACUUGAAGCCGGAGAACUUGCUGCUCGAUGAGAAGAACAACAUUCGUAUUGCUGACUUCGGGAUGGCCUCUCUGCAGGUGGGGGACAGCCUGCUGGAGACCAGCUGUGGAUCACCACAUUAUGCCUGUCCUGAAGUUAUACGGGGGGAGAAGUAUGAUGGGAGGAGAGCAGACGUGUGGAGCUGUGGGGUCAUCCUUUUUGCCCUCCUGGUGGGUGCCCUGCCUUUUGACCAUGACAACUUACGCCAGCUCCUGGAAAAGGUGAAGAGCGGUGUGUUCCACAUGCCGCACUUCAUCCCUCCAGACUGCCAGUCACUGCUCAAAGGCAUGAUAGAGGUUAACCCCGAGAAGAGGCUCACGCUAGAGGCCAUCCAAAAACAUUCUUGGUAUCAGGGGGGUCGUAAUGAGCCGUGUCCCGAACAGCCUCCUCCAAGGCGGGUGUGUGUGAGGAGAAUCUUGUCUCUGACCGAGCUGGACCCAGAUGUGUUGGAAAGCAUGCACUCUCUAGGAUGUUUCCGUGACCGAGUCAAGCUUACCAGGGAUUUACAAUGUGAAGAAGAAAACCAGGAGAAGAUGAUUUAUUACCUACUGCUGGACAGGAAGGAACGCUACCCAAGCUAUGAGGAUGAGGACCUGCCUCCACGCAAUGAUGUUGACCCUCCCCGUAAGCGUGUUGACUCUCCCAUGCUGACCCGACAUGGUCGCUGUCGUCCUGAGAGGAAAAGUCUAGAGGUGCUAAGUGUAACGGAGCAGGGCUCUCCCACGCCACCUCGCAGGGCUCUGGAUACAGCUGCACACAGUCAGAGGUCUCGCUCUGUCAGCGGAGCUUCUAGUGGUCUCUCCUCGAGUCCUCUAAGCAGUCCCAGGUCCUACCAGAGCCCCGUCUUCACUUUCAGCCAAUCAGACGUCACCUGCGCCACUGCUUCCCCCCUCACAAAGGAGUCCAAACAGGGAAACACCACCACUCCUCGUUCAGCACGCUCUCAUGACAAGGCCAAAGCGUCCCCCAACCCCAAGACCCAGACCCUGCCCACCAAAGGACCCACUGACCGUCCCCACCUGCAGGCCAUCAAAUCCCUGCCCCUGCACAACCCAUCCUCUCGCUCGCCCUCCCCUUCCCCACUCCUGUCACCCAUUCCCCGCUUCUUCUUCCCUUCGUCCUCUGUCCUUAAGUCAGUCACUAAGAGUUUCUACCCAAACUCUGCCCACUCUGUGCCACAGGUUACCCCCCAGGGCUCUCCGCUGCCCACACCGUUGGGCACCCCCGUUCACCAUCCCCACCACCCCUCCACCACCCCGCCCUCCUCUUCCUCGUCCUCAUCCUCAUCACGGGCAGAAGGAGGCGGAGGGGUAGGUUCGCUGUCGCUCACCCCUCCCUCCAGCCCAGGAGGGGGUGGUGGCAUGGGGGCCAGCAGCCCCGCCCACUGGAGGACUCGCCUCAAUUCCUUCAAAAACAACCUGCUGGGAUCGCCCAGAUUCCAUCGCCGCAAGCUACAAGAUUUAUCUCUCCCAGUUCCUACAUCAGAGGACAUGUCCAGUCUGACGCCAGAAUCCAGCCCUGAGCUGGCGAAGAAGUCCUGGUUCGGGAACUUCAUCGGUUUGGAGAAGGAGGAGCAGAUCUUUGUGGUGAUCAGAGACAAACCCUUGAGUUCUGUUAAAGCCGACAUCGUCCACGCCUUCCUGUCAAUCCCGUCGCUCAGCCACAGCGUCAUCUCCCAGACCAGCUUCCGGGCAGAGUACAAGUCCUCCGGCGGUCCCUCCGUCUUCCAGAAGCCCGUCAAGUUCCAAGUGGACAUUGCCUUCUCAGAGAGCGAGAGGGAACGGGAAAGGGAGAGGAGCGAGAGGGAGGGGAGGAGAGAAACAGGAAUCUACAGCGUGACGUUCUCCCUCAUAUCAGGCCCGAGUCGCAGGUUCAGACGAGUGGUGGAAACGAUUCAAGCCCAGCUUCUGAGCUCUCAUGAUCAGCCACUGGUGCAAGCCCUAUGUGAUCCCUUCCCAGAUGAGAAGAACAGUCGUCCCCAUGGGACCCCCACCCGCCAAAACUCGAGGCGCUCUGAGGGUGGGGGCGACCGGUGCGAGUGGGGCGACCGAGCAGACGGUGGAGGCAUAGGAGGCAGCGGAGGAGUUCUGCAACGCAGAGGCUCAGCAAAAGAGAGAACCCGCCUACUGUCCUCUAAUGGAACCCAGUCCCAACCGUAGGAUAGGAAGCAAGAACCCGCUGCAGGAUGCUCGAGCUGCACCAGAAACCAGAAAGUAAUAACUCCAUCUUUAAGUAUCCAUGCGAGCUAUGAGCCACCUCUAUUCUUCCUAGACCAAGUUACUUAAAUUCCUAAACAUAACGAGGACUGAUCCAUUUUCCCUUCCAGCAUAUUUUUUGCUAAAAUAACCUUGAUGUUCUGGAUCACCAUUAAUCAUACCUUCAAAAGAGGAAGAAGAUUUGAGGAACCACCCUUAAAUAAAUAAAAAGAGUUUGAAAAUGAGGAAGAUGGUAUCCGCCCAUUAGAACCUACUUUCCUAGAUAAAAAAGAUAACAUUUCUGAAAUGCAGAUGUGCAUGCCAGUUAGCAAAACAAAUCCUCCAUUGGAAGCUAACUCUACCAGAUAAGUUAGUCUAUGAAACCAUUGGUCUGCAGUUUCUGCCAUCUAAAAUUACUCCUUAGAUAAACAGUUGCGCACAUGUCCCCAUCAAGCAACGUGCAGAUAAAAGUCCGUCUGGAGAGAAAUGUAAAUGUAUCGCAGCAUAAGAACUUCCAAGAUUAGCAACCUGAUACCACCUGAAUAAAUGGGGCGAGCUGAUCCAUAAGAAACUGCAUCCUUGAGUUCCAGCAGUGGCUUUUGUUGAUUAAAAGAAAGCCAACAAGUAAGCUAAUUAAGUGAAUGUGAAAAAAAAAAAAACAUAUUUUUUUUAUUUAUUUUUUUUUUCAGUUGUGUUAAUGUGUUUACUUUUAUUUGAGGAUGUCUGUAGCGCAGUGAUGUUGGUAAAGACGGCAGCAGAAACAGCCGUGUUGUUGCAGAACGUUGCUUGUUGGCAAACAUUGAUCUCGAGCUGUUUUGUAUUUCCUUUUUACUCAGAGACAGUAUGAAACAAUGCAUCUAUGAUUUUGCAUUGGAACCUCAUUGCUCUGAAAUAGUGUUUUAGUUUGAACAAAUAUAUGAACAUUACCAGAUGAAUGGGGGGGGGCAUUGUUAAUACAUGAAUAGAUCUCUGAACCUCAUUUGAGCUGUUUGUGCCCAGACUGAAUAAGAAGAGCAUUCCUGACCUUUGGAUCAAACAGAUAGCACCUCUCAUCAGAAGCAUUUCUUCUAUCGUCAUUGUAUUCACGUACUGACUUGUAAAAAAAAAA